UCCACUACCAUAUUUACAAAAAUAUUGAUACAUACAAUUAAUAUAAAAAGCACGGGUAGACUCUAGUACUAAAAAAAAAGCAAAAGGUGAGAAAGGGGAAAACGCCUCUUUCUUCCUCCAACCACCAUUGUUUGAGGCAGCUCAACCUCUCUCUUCUAAACCUAACUUCAUCAAUUUCAACGAGCUGCUUCAAUUUAUUUUAAUUUUAACAUCAAUUUUCAAUUUUUUUUUGAAUUGAAUUGAAUUUUAAAAAAAUAAAAAUAAAAAAAUGGUGUCGGCAAACAAGGAGAUGGCUGUGUACUGUUUUGACACACUUGUUGCUCACUACAAUAGCGACCAAAUUCCUCCUCCUUCUUUCGAUGAGGGUGAUCACCCUUUGUUUGUAACUUGGAAAAAGGUGGUUAAUGGAGGUGAGCCUCGCCUUCGUGGCUGCAUAGGAACUCUUGAAGCCCGCGCCAUAAUCAACGGUUUUAGAGACUAUGCUCUUACUAGUGCACUUAGAGAUCGCCGUUUUCCCCCAAUUCAAGCUAAAGAACUACCCCAAUUAGAAUGUACAGUUUCAAUACUGACAGAAUAUGAAACUGCUGCUGACCACCUUGACUGGGAGGUAGGAAAGCAUGGUAUAAUUAUUGAAUUUACUGAUCCUGACUACAAUACCCGGCGAAGUGCCACAUACUUACCUGAAGUUGCUGCACAUGAAGGUUGGACAAAGCUUGAGGCUAUUGACUCCUUGAUGCGAAAGGCAGGUUACAAUGGUGUAAUCACAGACUCAGUGCGGCAGCGCAUUCGAAUGACUCGCUAUCAGAGUACCGCAUUUACAAUGCACUAUGGAGAGUACAUUGCAUAUGUGAAGAAUACCCGAGGCGCUGUGCCCACUAUUAAUGGGCUAAAGCCUGGCACCUAUUAACUGUUCCAUACUGCUUACUAUUUGAAUUGUUUCCUCUUAAAGGAUUGAAUUCAUAGGAUUUCGGUUGGAAUGUGAUUUGUUCAACCUACAUAAAGCCAUUGUUGGUGACUUAUUUGGAAUUUUUAAAUUUUGGGCAGAGAACAUUAGAAAUUGACCUCCUCAUUGAGGUGGCUAUGGUGUUCUUCUGCCCCAAUAUUUUCUACUAUUGAUUUCCUGAAUGAAAAGUUUGACUGGCUGUUAGCCCUUUUUUCAUGAAGUUAUAACACAAAUGAUUUGUUACA